CGCCAUGCGCGGGAUGUGACGCCACGAGUCACACAGUGACGGGUCGGGUCUCCAUGAGUCGGAGCCGGGCCGCGGGUUUAAUCAAAGCCGAGCCCGGGCCGGGGAGCAUCUGCCGCUCGGGGGAGAAUCAAUGUGAUCCCCACAAACACAGCGAGCCACUGCACUGACGACCAACCCACCCGAAGCACCACGGCCACCCCGCCCAGAGUAGGCCUGACUCCCAGUGGCGGCUUGAGACGGGACAAGAACCAGGUUAAAUGUAAUUGUUUAAGAAGGAACUGCAGAUGCUGGAAAAUCGAAGGUAGACAAAAAGUGCUGGAGAAACUCAGCGGGUGCAGCAGCAUCUAUGGAGCGAAUGAAUUAAAUGUAAUGUUCCCAGUAGAUGGAGAGAAACUUCUCAUAACUGCCAGAUCAUUGAAUUAUUCCAUCUGAUACAAGAAGUAAGUUGUGGUUGGAGGGAAUACAAACUGCAAGUGUUGUGGGAAAGAGAGUUGUGUGUCUUUGGAAACUCUCAAUCCAUUCUGAUCACUUCGGUCAUAAUAUUCUAUUGUCCUUUCCACAACCCCUUGUUGUCAAAGAUCCUAUCGCGAACUAGGAUCGUUGCUUGUUAUUUUCAUGCAGAGAACUCUAUUGAUCGCAGACUGACGGCUGCUGCAGAUCUCAUUGCUACAGAGUUGCAAUUAUGGCAACAUUUGAGUGAAGAAGCAAAGUAAUUAAUUCAGUUGUCUUCCUUACUGACCCGUGUGUUCACACAGGGAGAUAUCACCCUGUACUUCAGGUGCAUGAACUGAUUCAUUCAGUCGUCUGAUGAUGAGACAAAAGCAGGUUCACCCCAAGGAGAAGCAUCACAUCUGCUCUGACUGUGGGAGGGGAUUCAGUCAGUUAACUGACCUGCAGAGACACCAGCGAACACACACCGGGGAGAGGCCAUUCACCUGCUCUGACUGUGGGAGGGGAUUCUCUCGGUUGUCCCACAUGCUGUCACACCAGCGAAUACACACCGGCGAGAGGCCAUUUGACUGCUCCGAGUGUGGGGAGCGAUUCAAGUGGGCAUCCAGCCUGAAGAACCACCAGUGGGUUCACACCAGGGAGAGACCCUUCACCUGCUUCGAGUGCGGAAAGGGAUUUACACGGUCGUCCAAGCUGCUGACUCAUCAGCGUGUUCACACCGGGGAGAGACCGUUCACCUGCUCUGAAUGUGGGAUGAGAUUUACACAGUCAUCUAAACUGCGCAUUCACCAGGUGGUGCACACAGGUGAGAGGCCGUUCACCUGCUCAGAGUGCGGGAAAGGAUUCGCUCAGUCGUCCCACCUGAUAAGACACCGACGGACGCACGUGGGUGAACGGAGUUUCACCUGCGCCGACUGUGGGAAGGAAUUCGCCGAGUCAUCCAACCUGCUGAGGCACCAGCGGAUUCACUCUGCAGAGAGGCCAUUCACCUGCUUGGAAUGUGGGAAAGGAUUCCUUUGGUCGUCCAACCUGCUGCUGCACCAGCGAAAUCACACCGGGGAGAGGCCCUUCACCUGCUCUGAGUGCGGGAAGGGCUUCACUCAGUCAUACAGCCUUCUGCGACACCAUCGUGUUCACACCGGGGACAGGCUGUUCAGCUGUCCUGAGUGUGGAAAAGGGUUCACUCGUUCGAGUUAUCUGGCGAUACACCAGCGCAUUCACACUGGGGAGAAGCCGUUCAUCUGUCUGGAGUGUGGGCAGAGGUUCACUCAGUCAUCCCACCUGGUGACACACAAGUGGGUUCACACUGGAGAAACACCGUUCACCUGCUCCGAGUGUGGGAAAGGAUUCACUCGGUCGUCUAACCUGUUGAGGCAUAGACGGGCACACACGGGAGAGAAUGUUUUUAACUGUGUGGGAUUGAAGCCCGAACCACACGGAAUCACAGAGUAACACCACAACUCUUCCGACGGCAUCGUAGAAGGAAGGAUGAGAGGAGGAAGGAGGGAUCGUGGUUGAGAAAUCCGCACGGUUUUUGGAGUGUGGCGGGAAGCCGCAGCACCCGGAGAAAGCCCAUGCAGUCACAAGAGAAAACAUACAAACUCCGAGGUCAGGAUCGAACCCAUGUCUCUGGCGCUGGGAGACAGAAAUACUACCGCUGCGCCAUUGUGCCGCCCCUAACGUGACUCUUGCAUAUUGUCUUGUAGACUAUUUCUAUACGCUUUGCACUUAAUCUAGGGUUGUGCUUACGUAUGGCAAUACUUACAUGAACUAUAUGCAAUAAAAUAAUUUAAUUGUACCUCGGUACAUGACAAUAAAGUACUUUAAGCCGUUGACAGAAGGCCACCUAGUCACUGGAUCUGUGAGGUGGCUAUUCUAUUCACUAUCUAAAUGUAGUUUGUCAAGAAUACAGUACCAAAACAAAUUUGCUCUUGGCUUUGGCACUGUUUCCUUUCAACAUUCAA